UGCUCAGCUGUUUUAAAUAAUAAAAUAAAUAUAGUUUUCUGUAUUUACUUUGCAUUUGAAAAAAUAAAUCUAAUCUUCAGUACGUGGCGGUCGUUUGCAUCAAGAUCUAAGCAAUCACAACAAACAGGGUGACCCAAGUACUUUAAAAUGUUCAAGUUUAAUUUUGAAUUAAAUGAAGCAGAUUCAUUAAGCAACGAAAGUCCUUUCAAAACACAAAAACUAGAGAUUCAAUCAACUGAUGUUGCUAAAGAACCUACGGAUUGGUAUAAAGCUGAAGAAGUAAAGCCAACGGAGAGGGUACUAAAAAGCUUAGAUUUAUAUGAACUUAAUGCGAAGGAGUUAACAGCAGGAAACAUAGAGCUCCGUCAUCUAAUUGCCGGUUUUUUGCUGGAGGAUAUUAAAAUACAUAAUGACAUAGACAGUAAGGAUAUAAAACAGUCGGAAGAAAAUCAUUCUGACCUUAUUGCUGGUGUUUAUGAAGGUGGAGCAAAAAUCUGGGAAUGCACAGAUGAUUUAUUGGAUUAUUUGGCGAAAAACUAUAAAGCAGACCAAUGGAAAAAUAAAAGUGUCUUGGAUUUAGGUUGUGGCUCUGGUCUUCUGGGAAUUUAUGCACUGAAAAAUAUGGCCAAAGUGCAUUUUCAAGAUUACAACAAGGACGUAUUGGAACAAAUUACAAUACCAAAUGUACUACUUAAUUUGGACGAGACGUUGAGUGACGAUGAGAAAAUGAAACUUUUGGAAACGGAAACACGCUUUUAUGCUGGAGACUGGUCUUAUUUUGCAAAACUUACAGAGGAUGUAGAAAAAUAUGACAUUAUACUGAGUGCGGAAACCAUAUAUAACGUGGACAAUCAGCAAAAGCUGUUGGAUACACUUAGCAAAAGAUUAAAGGCCAACGGUGUAGUUUUACUGGCCGCCAAGUCGCAUUAUUUCGGUGUGGGCGGCGGUCUGGAACAAUUUGUGGAUGUGGUCAAGAGCGGAAAGAUUUUUGAAAGCACAAAUUUAUGGCAAGCAGAUGAAAAUCUAAAACGCGGCAUAAUUGAAUUGAAAUUUCAAUAAACACUGAGAAGUAUCGUAAAUAUC